AUGGGUGAUAGAUAUAUAAAGAUUGAAGAAGUUGGAGAAGGAACAUUUGGUGUGGUAUAUAGAGGUAGAGAUAAAAAAACAGGACGUGUUGUUGCAUUAAAAAAAUUUCAUAUGCGAAAUCAGUUUGAUGGUGGUGGUAUGCCCGCCAUACCCUAUACAGCUGUUAGAGAAAUAUCAAUAUUAAAAAGAAUUAAUAACAAGAACAUUGUAAAAGCACCUGAAAUACUUCUCGGAUGUCAACAAUAUUCAACUGGUGUAGAUAUUUGGAGUGUAGCCUGUAUAUUUGCUGAAAUGUUUUUGAAUGAUGCUUUAUUCAGAGGUGGCAGUGGAAUAGACCAACUUUUUAAAAUAUUUAGUUUACUUGGUACACCAAAUGAAAAUACAUGGCCUGGAGUUUCAAACUUGCAAAAUUAUAAAGUAAAUUUCCCUAACUGGGUAGCAAAAUCAUUAAAAUCACGUAUUCCAAACCUGGACUAUGAAGCAAUCGAUUUAUUAGAGUAA